CAGUGAAGCUCAUUGCGAUGGCUUCACCUGCUAAUGCUAAAUCGACGGGGAUCUUAUCAAAGCGUGCGAUACCUCUGAUUCUGAUUUGCAGACGCGGACCCAAAAGAAGCUAACGUCACCUUCUUCUAGUAACUUUCUAGGGUUUCGGAGCGGACGAAAAUGGAGGACGAUGCUAUCGAUCUCACCGGGGAUGGAGGGGUCUUGAAGAAGAUCGUCCGGCGAGCCAAGCCCGACGGUGUCUCCCCUUCAGAGAGCCUCCCUCUCGUCGAUGUCCAUUAUGAAGGAGUCCUUGCCGAGACCGGCGAAGUUUUCGACACGACGCGCGAAGAUAAUACUGUGUUUUCCUUCGAGGUCGGGGACGGCUCAGUGAUCAGUGCUUGGGACAUUGCAGUGAAAACAAUGAAGGUUGGUGAGGUCGCAAAAAUCACUUGCAAACCUGAAUAUGCCUACGGAGUUGCCGGUUCUCCACCGGACAUCCCACCAAAUGCGACCCUUAUUUUUGAGGUGGAGUUGGCAGCGUGCAAACCACGCAAGGGUUCGAGCCUGAGCAGUGUCAAUGAGGAAAGAGCUAGGCUUGAAGAGCUGAAGAAGCAGCGAGAGAUAGCUGCAGCCUCAAAGGAGGAAGAGAAGAAGAAGAGAGAAGAAGCUAAAGCGGCCGCUGCAGCGCGAGUUCAAGCCAAGUUAGAAGCAAAGAAAAGUCAGGGUAAGGGCAAAGGAAAGGCCAAAUAAAUAAAAAGCUAUGUCUUUAGACUAUUUACAUAUAGCAUGAGACAAAACACAAUCAAGCUUCUCAACAUAUAGCAUUUCUGUACUAACAGUAAUUUAUUUUGGCUGAUAUAAUCGUAUUUAUACUGCCUAGUCUCCGAAGCUCUGGUUUUGUGGGGGAUGGAUCCUCAUUUCAGUGUGAAUUUUGUAAACUGAUCAAAGACCCCUAUCAGGAUCUUGAUUUCCACUGA